UCACGUGCGGGUCAUUCAGUCGUUUCAAACAGCUUUGUUAGUAUUUGGAAGUAGUUCACAGCUGGACACUGAAGUCUGGACUCGUUUGAAGUGUGUUGCUGGACGGUCGCUGGGCAGGUGAGGCAGGUGAGGCAGGUGAGGGAGGCGGAAGAGGCUUGAGUCAAACAAAGGAGGCAGGCAGGGAGCGGGGUCGUGUUUGGCGUCUGUGGAUGGACCCAAUGGAUUAGAGGUGAGGUGAGCACCUCAGUCUGGGCAGGGUGGGCAUGACGAUGGUGGAAGAGAGUCCAUCCUCCUCGGGGUCCUCGGGGAAGAGCGGUUUGCUGAGCUGGCGCUGGAGCUGGAAUCCAGUAAGAGCAGUAAGAGAAGAUGAAGAUGGGCAGGCCGGACUGGACUCACCUGUCCUCCACAGGCUCGGCUCGCCGCUGAAAAAGAAGAGCUUUGAAGCGAUUGCAUCGGAGGAGCAGCCACCCGAAACCGUGUGCCGUGUGAGCCCAGGAGCCGGCAGAGUGGAGGCCUGUGUGAGGAACGUGGCGUGUGCUGGACGUGCGCUGAGGAACGCCUUCUUAUCCAACGGGCAGGAAAACUGGAAAGCCCACGUCAAACUAGCCAGAAUCAUCAAAAGGAGCUUUGUGGGCCUGGAGCUGGUGCAGUGGCUGAUGGAGCAGUGUGCCGGUGUUCAGAGCAGAAACACAGCUGCUGGAGUCUGGAAUGUUCUGCUGGAGCACGGCGUUCUGCUAUCAGUGGAGAGGCAGGCGGCGUUUGAAGACUCGGCGGCUCUGUAUCAGUUCUCCUUCGAGGAGUGUGAGGCUCUCCGCUGUGACUUCAGAAAUCAGAGCCAGUGGCAGAGCGGCGUGAGUCUGCUCUUACGGCUGGUCCCCCUCACGCAGCUCCGUGCUGGGACCCCCAAACCAUGUAACGAAGAGACUGAGAUGACCGCUGACCGGUGCAGCCGUGUUGUCCAGAUGAGAGCUCUAGAGCGCCUCACGUCCACGGUGCAGAGUGAACUGAUGGUGGCGCUGGCUCGCAAAGCGCAGAGCAGAUCAGUGACUGAGGAACCCAGUCCGGACCGCGGUGCCGCCCCCCCGGCUCAGAUGCUGUGCUCCAGUGAGAAGAAGCAUGGCCCUCCAGCUGGAUUACACCCCACAGAGGGAAUGAGACGCGUGGAGAUGGUCCAGAAACUGGCCAAGGUCCUGCACAGCCCCCUGAGACCUGCUGAACGACCUGCUGAGCCGGUGGGUGACGCAGCAGUCCGGGUGUGUGUGAGGAGAGGAGAGACGCUGCUGCUCCACACGGCCGCGUCACCAACGCCCCCGCCCUCCACCGCACACAGGUACGCCGCCGUCCCCGCGCCGCCACAGAAGGUCCUGGAACACCUGCUGAGCCACCUGAGGCUGGACCAGGAGCAGGGGAGCCCGCAGGCUGGAGAGACAGACGGUCUGCUGGAUGACUUCCUGCUGACGUAUCCGAUGUUCAUGUCCACCAGUGAUCUUUGCCAGGCGCUCCUCGGACACUACUGUCUGAAGCGAGGGGGGGUGAAGGAGGGAGGGGAGGAGCCUCUGGAGAGGAAGCGUAAGGUCCUGCGCCUGCUGUCCCACUGGAGCCGUCUGAGCAGGAGCACGCUGCAGGAGGACGAGCCCACCAAACUCUUCAUGAAGACGCUGUACCGGUACGUCCUGGAUGACCUGUACGAGUUCCCGCCUCUGGAGACGGAGCUGAAGGAGCUCCAGAAGCUUCUGCGGAUGCAGCGCAGACACACGGUGGAUGAGUUCUCUCCUCAGAGGAAGAACAAAGCACUCUUCCACCAGCUGAGCCUGAAAGAGAGCUGGCAGCCUGUGAGAGCGCCCCACAGGGAGAACAAGGAAGUGCUCUGCCGUGUGUAUGUGACGGUCGACUCAUACGUCAGUGUGAGGACUCACGCGGCGGUGACGGUUCAGGAGCUGCUGGCUGCUGUGGCUGAGAGAUUGGAGUGGGCGGAGGAAGACAUGGUGCUGGUGGCCCUCACCUACUCCAGAGAGAAGGUGGUGCUGCCGCUGCAGCAGUGUGUGUUUGCCGACUCCCUCAGCGCUGCAGGCAGACUGUGUGUGUGCAGGAGAGACCUGACUGAGCUCAUGAGCCCUGUGACCGAUAACGGUCAGCUGCAGCAGCCGCCGGUCAGGAUGCUGAGUAUGAACACGUGGGACGUCGCUGUGGCUCUGACCAACUGCGACUGGAGUCUGUUCAGCAGCCUGCAGGAGAAAGAGCUGGUUUAUUUCUCGCUGAGUCGUGAUUCGUGCGCCGGCCACUCGGUGGCGCUGGAGCUGCUGCUGCAGCGCUGUAACGAGGUGCAGCAGUGGGUGAUGACCGAGGUGCUGCUGUGUCCGGCGCUCUGCAAACGCGUGCAGCUCUUUAAGAAGUUCAUCAAGAUCGCGGCCCAUUGUAAAGCACAGAGGAACCUGAACUCCUUCUUUGCCAUUAUAAUGGGUUUGAACACAGCAGCUGUGAGCCGACUGAGCCAGACGUGGGAGAAAGUUCCCGGGAGGUUCAAAAAGUUGUUCUCGGAGCUUGAAAGCUUGACGGACCCGUCCUUCAACCACAAAGCCUACAGAGAUGCCUUCAAGAAGAUGAAGUCUCCUAAGAUCCCUUUCCUACCUGUGCUGCUGAAAGACAUCACGUUCAUCCACGAGGGCAACAAAACCUUCCUAGAUAACCUGCUCAACUUCGAAAAGCUGCGCAUGAUCGCAGACAUGGUGCGGCUCGUCAGGCACUGUCAGACAAACCACACGGGAAAUUUGCUGGCGCAGAAGGACAGUGCAGAGGUCAGAGCCUACAUCAACUAUCUCCACAUCAUCGACAAUCAGCAGACUCUGUUUGAACUCUCUCACAGGCUGGAGCCGAAGGUGUAGCUGUGAAUAAAUCACUAGUGAAAGAAGAGUGGAUGCAGACGAGGCGCAAUUACAGUGCACAGCCACAAGGGGCCUCGCAGAGCCACAGACACUUUAACCCACUGUCAGGUCCAAAACUGUGAAACGACUCUGCAGAACCUGAUGGUCCUUUUACUGGACAGACUGAAGUUUGACCUGCACUACAGCACAAACUGAGCUGGAGCCCGUUUCCCAGAGGAGGAAACUGCCCGAGCCGUCACUGGCAGAUUGGUUUGGAAGAAUCCCACAAAUGGGCUGUACUGGAGCAUCACAGUGUGGAUGUUCAGCGUUAUCCCACACACAGCACUCAAACACAAUAAUUACACACCCCGGAUUAGAAUCACUCCAUACCGUCGGACCGUGAAACCGCACGCGCCGCAGAUUCAUACCGGAUUAGCAGUCACAUGGAUAAUUACCUGAACUGAAUGUAAGGUGACAGUAUUUCCGCUCCAACAGGGCUUAAGAAGGUAAUGCAUGUAAACGGGCCUGUGAACUGCAGUCUGGGUCAGACGGCGCAUUAGGACUCCUGCGCUGCUGUGGUUUACAGGCAGAUGUUUCCAGCCUUAGACAAUCAGAAAACAGACCUUGAGUAGCUUUGAGAGGCACAGCGGCAGCAGCAGCGAGAGAGAGAGGUAAUCGGCCUCCGCAGUUUCAGUAGCUGCCCGUGCCAUAACGUCCAAAAGCCAGUCCUCAUCAGUACCGACUGAUUUUAGGUGCAUUAAAAUGCAUCAGCAUUGCUGUAAUAGAGCUGGUCUCCUGGACGUGGAUUGACCUGUAACAGUGAUUGACCGCUGGAAUCCCUGCGUUAGUGUGGAGUUCUGGGACAGGCUGUAAUUUAGACGAUCAAUCUCCUGCUUUAAAAAUCUGAUCGACUGUAGGAUCCUGAUAGAGUUCGACAGACACUUGUUAAUGAUGUGUUCCCACUUAUUGGACAUGUUAAAGGGGAAUUCCAGUGAUUUUUCAAAUUUUCAGCCUAUUUUACUGGUUGUAAUCAGAGCCGUUCACAGUGGUGGUGAUGGGAACCAGACGUCCCCCUCUAAAAGCUCCUCACAGUGGUGGUGAUGGGAACCAGACGUCCCCCCUCUAAAAGCUCCUCACAGUGGU